GGAUCAAGCCCUUUCCGUCCAGGACGUGCCAAACGGAACGUUAUCCGCUCGCACGUAACACAACCCGAUCAUCAUCUCUUCCGUGUCCGGCUCGCCUGAAUUCUCGCGAGCUAUGCAGCAGGGCAUGCUCACCGCGUGCAAGCCCUGCGCCCAGCGGCCGGCGGCGCUCCUUCUCCCGAGGCCUUCGCUCGCACGAGCUUUCCCCUGCACCCCCGCAGCGAUAGCGGAAGUGGGGCAGAGGAAAUUGGGGGCGGCGUCGCGGCUGGUGGUCAGGAGGAGAUGCCAAGAAGAGAAGCAGCAGAGUGGCGGCGGCGGCGGCAAGCCGGAGAAGAGGACCUUCCUUAGCCUGGAGGAGGCCGGGCUAGUGGAGAUGUCCGGCCUCAGCACCCACGAGCGCUUCCUCUGCCGACUCACUAUAUCGUCGUUGAAUCUGCUGAGGGUGAUCUCGGAGCAGGAGGGGAUGCCGAUCGAGGACCUCAACGCUGGCCGCGUGUGCGACUGGUUCCUCAAGGACAAGCUCAAGCAGGAGCAGAACAUCGGCUCCGCUGUCCUGCAGUGGGAUGACCCCGCCGUCUAACUCCGCCCACCAUCUCGGUUCAAUCUUGCUGCUCUUUCCGGCACUUCAUCCACACAUGUAUAAACCCCCAGCCUCCCGCAACAGGAAAAGAAAACUACUAGAUGAUCGAGGUUGCAUCGGGGGCAAUGCGCGCGAUGACAGGUUCAUCUAAUUAAUCAUCUAUGCGAGACAGCUGUAUACGCGAUUUGCAUUGCCGCGCAUGAUUAGCAUCUAGUUUUUGGCUCUGUAACAUUGUACUUCCCACAAAUAUAAUGCAUACAUGGUUCAUUGCC